GAUCCUACUUGAAAUUAGUGCGCCAGCUGCCGUAGUAACUUUCACGCAGUGGAACCUGAAAUUCAGGGCAAUUUUCUAUAUUAUACGUCGACUCUUUAUCCUUUUGGGAAUAUUAUUGUUGGAUUGUAAACAAUAUCACCUGACCAAUUGGAAAAUUGUCGAUAUGAGGGACUGAUUUCGUUUGUUUCUCCGGAAUCAUACCUUCUCCUGAAAGAUUAGAGCCGCGUACGUGCGCUAGAUUACCGGUAUCACCAUGAAUAGGCCGCGACCUAGAGAACAAGUCGCUAAAAGGAGCACCGGCAGGGCAAGCCGGGGGUCUGGCAGGACUUCUGUACCGCAGAAUGCAUCCCCUCCUACCACGUCUCUAAAGAGUCUGCAAGGCUUAUAUGCCAACCAACACUUUGUCCAUGUGGCCAGUGUGGCAAAAGGCUGUACAGCAGAGCUUCAGGUCAAGAAUGGUAAAAAGUUUGAGGGAAUCCUGUCUACAUUCUCCCCGCAAGGCGAAGUUGAGCUGCGCCUGGCCCAUCCUGUAGAUUCUAGUGAUAACACCGUGGUUCCAACGAUUGAACAAGUCACUGACAAAAUGCUCUUCAAAUCCUCCAGCAUCGUGUGCAUCAACAUAAAAGAUGUUGACAUGGAAUACGCAAGUAGAGGAGCCGAUGCUUUCCAGACUGAUGCCGAGAUAUCAGCAAGGAAGCAGAAUGGACAGGUUUCAGAACGGGAGCUGGAGGCCUUUGAAACUGAUGGCAAUCUGACCGAUCUAAGUCUAGGAGACGACCCUCUCUCGGCAGGAAGUGCUAAUGGUUGGAGCGCAGAAGACAUGUUUAGGAGGAAUGAACAAAUGGGUGUCAAAUCAUCAUACGACAGCAAUCUUGGCGACUACACAACUCCAUUAGAUCCGAAAGACACGGACGAUUAUCAGAGGAAGAUUAUACGGGCUGAUCGCCUGGCCAAGAAGAUCGAGGGUUCCAGUGAUUACAUGGUGCGAACCAGCAAGGAACAAGAGCAUACGGAAGAAGACCGAUUUAGUGCAGUAGUACGUCCGAUGAACUCCCAGCCGUCUGGCCAUAGUUCUUCCCCUUCUCCUGUUAGUGCUUCCAGUAAUGCAGAGAGCCUUAAUACUGGUAGGUAUGUGCCUCCAGCCUUGAGAAACAAGCAAGAUGGCCCAUCGUCCAACAGCAGCGGAGGAGGACCCCCCGUUCACCAUCGGAACCACCAGCGGGCCACCCCACCCCUUGGAGGACUGCCCCUGAACAGCGCGGCUGGCCGCAACAGGGCGCAGUCCCCUCAAAUGCAUCCCUCACACCAGCAGCAGCAGCAGUCCUAUGCCAACCAGACGUCCCCACACAACUUACCCUCCCCGCAGCAGAGGGUGCAGACGCCCCCUCAUGGACACCACAUUAACCAGCAGAUGAACAUGCAGAUGCGGCAAUCACCUCAACAAUCUCAUAUGGGUGCUAAUCCAAGGUCGCCAGGGACGCAGCCGCCCCUCCCCCAGAGGAUACCCCCUAAUAGGGGGCGGACAGUCCCUGACAUGAGCAAUCCUAUUAUUCGCUCACCAGUGCAAUCUACUGCUCAAGCCCCAGCGUCGUCGAUACCGGCCGCCGCGGCUGAUAAGCAGUCUAAUAUUGAUAAGACAGGGGCUGGACCUCAAGAUGUAGAUAAGAAGACACCAGAAGUAUCUCAGGCUCAGAGGAUUAUUCCACCCAUGGACAGGAGUCCCAGGGCCAGCAUUAACGAUUCAAGUAAAAAGCAAACGAUAGAACAUUUGAAGGAGUUUGGAGAUAAUUUUAUGCUGCAAGACAAGGACAAGGCAGCAACACCCACGGCACAAACCAACACUCAGGGGGCUACCACACCAAACCAACCACCUCAAGAGCAACAACAACAACAACCCAAAGCCGGUGUUGUAGCUGCUGCACCACCACCAUCAGCAACAUCGGGUGAACCUGUGACGCCUGCCCCUGGCAGUUCCUCAGGUGCCCCUGUUGUUGCCGCAACACAGAAGCCUGCCACCUCAGCAGUGGCUGCAACUGCCACAUUGGACAAAAUAACAACUUCAACGCCACUGACUGCAGAAGAGAAGAAAGAGGCAGAGGCGAUCAAGAAGUCGACACUCAAUCCAAAUGCAAAGGAAUUCAACCCAUUGGCCAAACCAUUUGUUCCAGUUGCACAGAGGAUGCAGCCGCAGAAGACACCUACCCCUCCUCGCCCUCCCUCCCAGCCCAGCCCAGCACCCCAGGUCAUUCCGGGCCAGUAUACCCAUCAGCUCAAUCAACCCAUCUUCCAGCAGAUAUCAAUCCCGCCAGCUGGUUUACACUACACCCAACUCAGGGGAGUGGGACCAAGGAAAGGUGCCACAAAUCUACCACAGAUGAGAGCGCACAAUCAUCAAGACAUUCAACAUAUCUUACCGGUGUCGAUGGCUGCUGGCCAGCCCUUGGUGGCCCCGGUCCCCACCAUGCUACCCUUUGCUACGCACCAGGCCGGCCCUGGUGGUCCCGUGUCCAGUGCUCAACCCAUCAAUCACGCCCAGGUCAUAAGUCACAAUCCAAACGCGUACGUCUACAACGUCCAUCAACAGAAGGCGAUGGGUCCAAGGUUAGCAACCCCCCAGAACAUGGUUGCAGCAGGUCAACCUGGGGGUCAUAACCAGCAUCAGUUAUCACAGGACGCACAACCGGUCAUGGUCUUUCCACAGAUGAUUCCUGCUGGUAUGAAUAAUUUCCAGCACUCUGGAAACAUCCCCAUCUCGCAGCAGACGCCUACUCAGAUGCCCACCCCCUACCACCAGUUCACCCAGCCCCAGCCCCAGCAUCACCAGAACCCCACGGUCCAAUACCAGCACCAUCAACCCCAUCAGCAGUCCCAUCAACAGCACCCCCACAGCCAGCAGCACACCACGCCUCCCCUCUCCCACACCCCUCAGGGGCAGAACCAGGGCAACGUGAUGCAGCAGCCUCAGCCCGCCCAUGGGGGGAGGCCGUCGCCAAGCCCCGUCAAUCCGGCAGCUAUGCAUCAGGCCAACCAACAGCAACAACAGCCUCAUCAGCAGCAACAUCAGCAAUUCCAUCCACAAAACCUGCAGGCCAUGGGUCAGCCGCAGCAGCAGAACCAUCAGAUGAUGGCUGCCAUGGCCGCCGUCAACCAGCAGCAGGGUGGCGGCACCGGCGGCACCCCCCACGGCACCAACAACCACAACCAGCAGCAGAACAUGAUGCAACCCAUGCACGCGCACCCGCACCCCCAGCCGGUCCUCCACCAGUACACCCACACGCCCCACGCGGUGACCAACAUCACCAACGUGACCCCCGUGCACUCGGCGCCGCACCCACACCCCAAGCCAGUCUUCCUUACCAACUCCCAGGGUCAGCAUGGGGGAGGCGGUCAGCAGAGUCUACCCAUCAACAUCCAUGGUCAGCAUGGUCAGCAGUCGAUACUCUCAUCCCCGGUCCAAGGCCCGUACAUGCAGACGCCACCAGGUCAAAUACAACAAGCUCAAGUGCAACAAUUUCAGCCCAAUAAUUGAAGAGAUUUUUGACAUUAUUUAUGGAAACGAGUCAAUAAAAUGCAGUUUAAAACUUGAUCCAGGAUUUCAAGUUGUGACAAGUAAAAAAGAAUGCUGCAUUUGAAACUUGAGUAUGACAGCUGACAUUGCUGCUUGUACGUGAUUCGAGACUACCGGUCGAGCAAACAAAAUGAUUGCUGGCUCGUGGAUCUUGUCUUUGCUUUGGUCUCUAUUCAUUGCUGUGCAUUCCAGGACGUUUCGCGAAGUGAACUGUAGCAAUUGUGACAGCAUCGUGUGAUCGGAACAGGAUUCCGAUGUGCUGCUGCUGCCACAGGACAUUUAAUUGUGAUCAGUUUGCCGACUGGAGUGCCAAGUAGCGUCUGUCGCUAUGGAAUGAGUGAGAUGCCAAGAAGUACUGGAUGGAUUAGUGUAGCGGGACUAAAGGAGUCGAGCUCGAUGGAGGAGAACUUCUUCAGAACCCUAUGUUUUCAUUAAAAAAGGACGGGGAUUGCUUGCAACCAGCUAAAAGUUGACUUGAUAGAAAUGACAGGCAUUGGAUGAGAUUUGAACAUAAUGCAAGCUAAAUGAACACGCAGUUUACUGCAUGAUGAUGAUGAUGUUGAGGUGACGAAAGUCAUCCAGACUCUGCUUCGAGGCUGUGCUUGCAGGUGAAGGAGGAGACGAGCAAAGAAAAAAACUAUGAUAAAAGGAAAAAAAAAUAACCUGUUUUCAAAGAUUAUAACGAUAUAUAUGAUACCUUUUAGCCAAACAAUGCAUUUACCGAGAAUGCUUUUAAAUUGGCCUUCCUCUUAAAUAUGUGAUGAUAGUAAAGGAUGAAGAGAGGAGAUCUUUUAAGAGGAUGAUGCAAAGUGAUACAUUUUAAUCUCUACCAAGUUUGUAUAAGAUGUCACUAAAUAUGUGGAGAAAUUUUAUGACGUAAAGUUGAAGUUCUUGUAUUUAUAAACGAAGGAUCAUUCCCUUUUGCAUUGGUAUGGUAUUGGGGGAAUAUUAUGAAAUUUCACAAAACUUUCAUAUUUAUUUUGGCAUUUUAAAUUACCUGAAAAUAUAUCUGGGGAAUAAUCUGACAUCAUAGCAUGCAAUCCCCAGAUAUUACAGAUAUAUACAGAGAUUACAAAAGUACACUUAUGAAAAAGAUACAAAAAUGAUGAAGUGUUAUUAUAAAAAUGUUUUUAUGCUGCGAUUGUAGCUGUUCAGGUUGUGAGUGAAGAUUAACAUUGUGUAACCACAACCAAAGUAAAUGGGUCAUUAUAUAUCUGAUACUAAUCUAUUUGACUCUUUAAAAAUAAAAAAAGGGAAAUAAAAGAAUAUUUAAUACAGGGAGAUGAUGAUAAUAACACUGAUAUAAUAUCAAAUGGGGAAAGGGGUAUGCGAAGCGAUGAUGAUUAGCAUUUGCCUGCUCAAUCCUAGUUUGUAUAAGAUAUCACUAAAUAUGUGGAGAUAAAGACCAAACUUUGCACAAGUGAGGAGGGUGAACCAUAAAGUACUGCCUGGCACCAGUAGUGCAAUACAAAAAAAAAAAACCCACUUUGGGAUGAACUACUGCAGUGCACAUGGCAUUACAACUCCCCCAAUUGCUCCUCGGGGAUCAGGAGAGGAGGAAUGUUGGCUAGGAAGAUGAGAAGAAGUAUUCUUUCUAUAAUAAAAAAGGAAAACCACAAAGGGUUUCGACGUUUUUGGGUAGGGUUGGUCGGUACAGUCUCAGCUUGGUCUCAUUUCAUUUUGUUCAGUUUGGAACGUUCUAAGCCAUGAUAUGAUAGAAAGUUAAAAUUUGGAAUAAAAAUGUGGAAGACCAUACUCUAUAGCAUUUUGAUCACACAUAUUUUGUGUUUGUCAAAUAUGUAGUUGGCCACAUUUGAUGUGUUUUGUUUUGUAUCGUUGGAGUAAUUAAUUGUCCUAUUUCUGCCAUUCUACUAUUUUGUUUAUAUUUUGUUUAUUUGAAAGGGACAUGUGUUGUGCAUGUUCCUUGACUGAUUUGCUUCACACCUCUACCCUUACCUUCAUUAAGAUAUGUCAGUAACGGUUUGCGAUAAAAUUAUAUUGUGAAUAAGGAAAUAUGAAUCCUGCAUCUUUCAAUGAAAUUACAAUAUUUUUAUAACAGUUUUAAUGAUACUUAAUGCAAGAUAGUAAAUUUUAAACAUUCGGUUUAAAUCCCCCCCCCCCCAGUAAAGUAACGUUUUCAAUUAGGAUGCGGUAAUCUUAUAUCUAUUGCAUGACUGGUGUGCUUGGUACCUUGCACUGGGAUUUCUUUUUGGAGUUGAUGUAACUUUCUGUUUCUAAGUAAAGGCACACACAGAAGAAGGUUUUGUGUAUUGUAAAUCCUCACCCACUUAAGUAGAGAGAUAAUGAGAGCAAGAAUAAAGUAGAAUAAACAUUAGUAUUAAAGGAGGCUCAAACUCUAAAAGAAUAUUUCAUUUUUUCAAACAGCAAUUUCAGAAGAAGAAGACAAAAAUCCAUGUAGACAUAGUUUUGGUGGUCCAUGGCAUGUUGAGGUUGAUUGUAGACCUAAAAAUUCAAGAUGUUCAUGAAUUAAUUGUGAAUGUAGACUAAAUAUUGUUGUGAAAAUUGAGAGAAUUUCUGUUAAAUUGCAAAUCUCCAGUAACCUAAAAAGACUACAGAUAUGGUGAAAACUCAUGAUUUAUCCAUGUGUAUCAAUGUUCUCCAGCAUUUGUUCCUGUCUCUUUAAAUAUUUCCAAGAGUAAACCUUUCAACAACAUGCAGGAAUUCAAUCAAUUUUAGUGAUGCAUAGCAGAUGUGAGGUGGGAGGGGGAUAACAAAUUAGAUUACUCGACUGCAAAGAAAGAAAAAAAAAAUUAUACUGAUCUGUCCAUGAAAGGAAAUGCUGUGUAUUCACUGGAGCUUUAUUCCGAAAUCAAAUAUGACUUGAGUAUAUCGUCUGUUCAGAGCCAGAAGGGCAUUAAGUCUGUGUUCUGAAUUGUAUGUCCUUCUGGCUGCAAACAGACAAUACAUGUAUUCCCGUCAGUAACAGUUAUUAAAUAGUAUUAGCCCCCCAUGCAUAUGUAGUGUUCUCGGUACAAGAAGGCCGUGAAUUAUUGCCAAUCAAUCAGUCAGAGGUGUGCUGUUUCUUAGAUAAUGAUUACAAUUUACAAGGAUCCAUUUUGAGGUAAACGUUGAAAUACAAGAGGAAAUGUACAUCCCAUAUCCAUGUGUAGCCUGGCCAACGAUGAAUUUACGAACCUUAAGUUGUAACUUCACUUCCCAUCUUCAUUUUUUAGCUUAAUUCAUCUAUGCACCUGUCGGUCAAAGAAAAAAGAAGAUGAUUUGAUUGAUAUAAUAAAAGGUUCUAUUCAUUUUUUUUAAAACUUGGAAUUAUCAGUAGAAUAAGAGCAUGUGAAUGGAGCUUAUCGAAGCUGUUGAUUUACUCUCAAGAAAAUAUUACCGAAUAAAACAAGCUGAGACUUA